AGAUCCCUAUCAAACCCUCUCUGUACCUCUUCUUCUUCUUCUUCUUCUUCUUCAAGGCCACACCACCAACCCCUCCUCCGAUUUGCCGUGGCAGUUCCAUCUGAAACAAACACACGACCAGCUCCAACAAAACGGAACAAUCACCGACAUCUACCGUCACACUCUCUCUUUCAGUCUUCUAAACUUUCAUUUCUAUUAGUGUCUGAAAAAGCUUUUUAUCUCUGGUUCCGAUUCGUUACUUGGGAGAUCUGGAUCACUGAGAUUCGUAACAAUCUAGGGUGGUUUAACAAACGGGGUUUUGGAUAAAUUGCAUGUUCAGUUUUGGAUCCACUUAGUGGAAGAAGAUUUGUGUUGGUAAUCGUGGCGACAACGUUUGGUUUUGUGAAACACACUCAUUUCUUGUUGGUGCUGUUGUAGCAGUGAGAUCUAGUGGAAAAAACAUAAGUUUUGAAUCUCUGUGAAUUUGUGCUCUUUUGUGAACCAUGGAAACGCUUGUUGUUGUGGCACAGCAUAGGAACCAAUUCCACAGGUCUAAGACCCAAGGCCAUGCUAGGUUUGGUUCUUCUUCUCCUUCUAGGGAUUUUAGGGGCAUCAAUUGUAGAGCUUUUCAAACUGGAACUGGUAUUCUACCAACACCAUUGAAAUCUGAUACUACUUCACCUGUGACCAAAAUGGCAUCUCCACCAUCACCUUCCCCUAGAACACCAUCUACUAUUGUCCCAGAUAACAAACCCCGCAGCAAAAUUGCCACACCAAAGAGUGCCCCAGUUGCUAUCAAUGGCAAACCGUGUAGAAAGGUUGCUGAUUUCAGUGAAGGGCAUCAUUUUCCUGGGGGAAGAUGCAUUUCUCUCUCAGAGCUUUGGGCUGGACCUACCUAUUCAAAUUCGCCGCCACCUAGUUCAUUGCCUAUCCCGAAAUUCUCAGUUAGGCCAAAGAGGACUGUGUCCCUUGAGCUGCCUCGGUCGCCCCCUGAGAUUGAGCUGCAUCCGGUUGCCAAGUCUGCUCCCUCAUCCCCACGCAGGGAGCAUUCCCCUUCCACCAGAGGCAUCUUUGCUAAUGCUGAUUCUGCCACGAAGACCCUGUGUCGAAUUCUCAAUCUUAACUUGGAUGGGGAAUGAGGUUGAAGGGGAAACUGGUUUCUUGUAAAUAUGUUUUUAUUUUCAGUGAAGCUGGGUUAGUGUUAGAUGUAUAUAGAGUGACCAAAUAAAAGUACUUAGCUUUUGAGUUUGUGUAGUUUUCAGUAGUGGUGUGAUGACAAUGUUGAUCGAUGGCUGUGGUGUGGUGGGUCAACAAUCUCCAGACUUUUGGGAAUUGGAUCAAGCUUAGUAGUGGAGAGAGGUAAUCAAGGCUCUUAUGGGGGGCACAGGGUUUACUAUGACUCGUGACUCAGGUGAUGUGGAUGGAAGCUUCCAUCAAAAUGGUUGGGAAGAAGCUGCCAUGAAAAUGGUUGGGAAAUUAUAGAAGUUGAAUGAUGGUAACUGGUUGGAGUGGCUUGGAAUGGAAUAGACUUUGGUUAUACGGAUCCUGAAGAAAAUUAUAUAUUCCAGCAUACUCAUGGUUUCAUGUUAGAUAUGCUUAAAGGCAUAAUCUCCUCGUAGAAAUGGUUAACUUCUAAAUUGACAUAGGAUUUAGUACCCUUUUUAUACUAGUACAUAUUGUAGGUUGUAGAAUCUCGAGCUUGCAGAAAUCCUUUAGGCCUCUCAACCUUUUCUAACAUAUAUUUCAAUAUCAUAGGUGAUCUAAUGUUUAGAUAUCUAGUAGUUAAUCACUUUAUCUGCCUUUCUUACUCCUUAUUUCAUCGUGUUUUCCUUCCUUCUCCUUUGUCUUAGUAAGCUAGUGUUUUACUACCUUGCUCUCUUUCUUGUCUGAUAAUAUUCUCUCUCUCUCUCUCUCUCUCUCUCUCAUAUUUCACCUUGCUAGUUAGUUUUAUUCCCCUGCCUACUGAUCCUCCUCUUCUAGUCAUCUUUCACUUUUCCCCUUCACAAUCUUUUCUGGUUUUUUUUCAAAGAAAAGUUGGAAGGGUUUUCUACUUUAGUCAUAAUCUUCUAUAGCUGACUGCUUUAGUUUUUUAGGGUCAAUCCAUGUUACAUUACCUGUUAGCAAUAUAGUAAGCCCUUGAUGUUCUUCCAUUAUUCUGCCUUUGGUAAAUGCUUCUUUCCUUUAGUCUUCACUCGGCUUAUCUUCCAUGGAGAAUGUUGAUCAUACCAUGCCCCAACAUCAAGGUUGGCGAAAUGGCAUCAAUGCUGCUUUGUUCGAAGGUGUGGUCAUGGCCUUCUAAAGUUGUUAGUUAGAAUGCAAAUCAGUUCAGUUCUUUGUUUUGUGUUCUAUUUAUGUGCUUUAUAGUUCGAUAAUCCUUUGGAAAUAGAGUUUGUGACUAUGAUAUCUAUAAUGCUACUAUGUUGGUAUCUGUAAUUCUACUAUGUUAUUAUCAGAAUUAAGUACUUAUUAUUUAUAUAGCAUUUCUUGGAAA